CACACCACACAAGCUUUCAAUCACUCGACCGUGCGCAUAGCACCACACACUUAUCACACACACGUGUACACAGACCCGUACACACUCGCGUUACACUGCUCGCACAGGCAAACACACACACACACACACAUACACACACUCACACACUGGUCAGACUGUAUGCUUGGUUCACCAGCCCAGGAGCAACGGAUUGUUUGUUUAUUUAACAGAGAGAAGAAUUGUCACUGGUGAGCGGUUUUACCAUGUUUGGGUACCUAGUUCCAUGGCGUUUUGAUCAGUAUCUUUCUUUAGAGGGGAGACAGGGUAACUUACAUUGAUCCAGCAGAAGAAACGGGGCCCUCUCCGGGGGGCUCAUGAAGGAAAGAGGAACAGAAAGACAAAGCCAAGGACUGGUUGGGCGGGAGGGGAGUGUGGAGGGGCGGCGGGGAAUGCCUAUGAAUGGAGGACCAUCUGCCCUGAUGCUUCUACUGCCACUGCUUCUACGCCUCAUCUCCCCCAUACGGACAGAUACCGGGAAGUUGUCCUCGCCGCAAGGAGUCCUCAUAGAAUCAACCAACAUGAAGCACUGGUUGAAGUGGCGCCCCCUACAGGCACCCUGCCACCCCAUCAGCUACUCUGUACAGUACCAAGGGUAUUUUGAACUGUAUAUUAAGAACGGAAGCUGGGAGGACGCCCCCUACUGUCAGAACAUGGACGGCGUCGUCUGUGACCUCACGGCCAGCCUCGGAUCUGACUCCGACUACAACGUCCGCCUGAGGGCUGAGUGCAGAGGCCAGGUCUCCGACUGGGCCAGCCCAGCAGCGCCCUUCAACCGCAGAGAGACCAACCUGACCGUCCCGAAAAUGAACGCAGCCGUCUCUGGGGACUCCAUCCAGGUGGCGUUCACAGACCUCACCGAGACGGUGGACGUGAUCCUGAAGCACUGGAGGAAGGGCCUGGAACAGGAGGCUUCCACACAGCACAUCACGAUGGAGAGGAGCCCCUUCCACUUGGGGGGCCUGCAGGAGGGGGCCACAUACUGCCUCAGCGCUCAGACCGCCCUGCACAACAACAAGAGAAGCGUCACCACGGAGACACAGUGCUUCAACAUCGCUGUGUCUAUAGAUCCCGCCCACAGCUGGCUGAAGCCCACCGUUGUGUGCGUUGCCCUGGUGAUCGUUACAGGCCUGGGGCUGGCAGCGUUUUGGUGUGUGACAAAGUGCUGCCCUACCCUCCUGAAUACCUGCUGGCCCAAGGAACCGCUGCCAGAUGCUCUGCUUCACAGGGAGGCCGACACCCGGCUGAGGUUUGCACCUGGGGAGGAGCUCCAUGAGCUGUGCCAACCGGUCCUGGUUCUGAUUCCUGACCCAGUCUGAGAGACGGAGAGGGAGAAGGAGGGGGAGGAGUGGAGCUUCCCACACUGAGAGCAGAACCAGCACACUCACCUGGGCCAAAACUCAACUAGAUCAGACCACAUCUGGACCAAAACUCACCUAGAUCAGGCCACACAAGGAAC